AUGAAAAAGAACCAGACGGUGCAGGGCACCUUCAGCAAACUCUUUGGCAAGAAGCACGCCAACCCUCCCGCCACCUCCCUCUACGCCACCAACCCCCCCUGGAUUUUCACCCAGGAGGCCCCGGAGGAGGGGACCCGGCACUUCGACGGCAUCUAUUAUGGAGACAACCGAUUUGACACAGUGAGUGAGUCAGGAACUGCCACACUGAAAGCUCGGCCAAGAGUCCGGCCCCUGCUGACCUUUCUUCCACUGGAUGCCCAGGAGAACCAUGGACUGGCUGUGCCCACCCCCUCUGUCCCAGACAGCUUUGCAGACAAACAAAUGACAGGCACCAGCAAGCUCAUCAACGGCAACCUCCGAUUAUACAGCUCUGUGGGGGACCUAAGGCCCAGGCACUAUGGCCAGGACUUGCUCAUCCCCCCGCCACCCCCGGGCCCAGCCCCGGCACCACCCUCAGACACUCCGCAGCCUCAGGAGGAGCCCUCACCACCACCUCCACCUUCCACAGCUCCCCCGCCUCCCCCGCUGCUGCUGCUGGAACCCCCGUCCCCGCCCAGCGUGGCCCCACCUCUGCCCCCAGUAAUGGGGGCCCUAUCCGCCGCACCCCCCCUUCCCUCCCCAUCCACACCCACCCCUCCGGACUUCAUUCCCCCUGCCCCACCCCCACCCCUUUUGCCAGCCCCGGCUCCCCCAGCUCCAGUGUCUCCUCAUACACCGGGGACUCACCCCUUCCCCGCUGCGGGUGUCACCAAGUGGAAAUCAGAGGUAGCGCUGAGUGACGGGCAGCCAGAGGCCCCCAGAGGCAGCCCCCCCAGGAGCCCUGCUGAGCCCAAGGGGAGCCUCCUGGGACCAGAGAUCCACCUCACCUUCCCCAGCUCGCUCAAGGUGCCUCCCCCAACCCCAGUCAGGAGUUCAUCCAUCUCCAGUCAGGAAGCACAAGGGGCUCUUCCUGAGGAAGGAAAGGCCACCAAGAAGGCCCCCAGUCGACUCCCACUGCCUCCCAGCUUCCACAUCCGCCCCGCGUCCCAGGUCUACCCCGACAGGGCCACUGAGCCAGACCAUCCCGAGGAGCCCAGGGCUACGGCACCAGCCAGUCCGAGGCCGAGCCAGUCCCAGGCCUGGACAAGUGAACAAGCCGAGACUCCACCUCCAGCCCCUCCCCUGCCCCCUCCUCCACCCCCACUCCCUCCCCCAGCACCCCCCCUGCCCCCAGCUGCCCCUCCUUUGCCAUCUGCUGAGAAGGCAGCCCCUCCACCGGCUGGGGUUAUGAAAAGACCCAAGUCCAGCUCUCCUGCUCCCAAACCCAAACUAGACCCCCCCAGCCCGGAGGACACAGCCUCUUCAGAGUCCGUGGACUGGCGGGAUCCCAGCCAGAUGGCAAAGCUGCGGAACGAGCUGUCAGCCUAUCUCUGCGGCUCCAGGAGAGAGGACCGGUUUGCCAGUCAUAGACCAGGCCCAACUGCAGCCUCUCAGGGAAAGGAGAGCCAGAAGGGCCCCAGCCUGCCAGAGAAGGAGGCGCCCCCAAGCCUGCCAGAGAAGGAGGCGCCCCCAAGCCUGCCAGAGAAGGAGGCGCCCCCAAGCCUGCCAGAGAAGGAGGCUGCCACCAGCCUGACCCUCCCGCCUGUGGACUACAUCCCCCAAGACUCGCCAACUCCUAGCAUCUGGCAGAUCCGGAAUAAGUUGGAGGCCCAGCUUUCCUCAUCAGCAGAGAAGGAAGCCAAGCCCAGCAGAGGGUCUCUGCCUCCCAAACCUCAGCUAGAAGGGGGAAGAAUCUUUGAAAACAGGGCUGAUAACGGCAAAUUCUCCAAGCCCAUGGCCAAGAAUCUGCCACCUCUAUCCGCCACCCCUCUGCCAACCACACCACUCCAGUCCAAGGCCACGCCUGGACCAGCCACACCCAGACAAGCCACACCACCCAAGGCCACACCUGAGCCAGCCACACCUGGACCAGCCACACCACCCAAGGCCACACCUGGACCAGCCACACCACCCAAGGCCACACCUAAGCCAGCCACACCUGGAUCAGCCAUACCACCCAAGGCCACACCUGAGCCAGCCACACCUGGAUCAGCCAUACCACCCAAGGCCACACCUGGACCAGCCACACCACCCAAGGCCACACCUGGACCAGCCACACCACCCAAGGCCACACCUCUGCCCACCACAUCAUCCCAACUGAUAGCAGAGAAGAACCUAGUCCCAGCUGGGCAGUGGGAGAAGCCAGAACAUCAAGAACUUGCAGUGCCCUCCAAGUCAGAGGCAGAAGGGCGCUCCUCAGAGACCAGUAAGCCUACACAGGGAGCCCUCUCAUCUCCAGCCCUCCCCCCAAAGAUAUCCCCUGGCCGAGAAGAGGUGCCAUUUCUCUAUAAGCCCCAUCGCAGCCAGAACAGCCCCAGCAGAGAUGUGGCCGUGGUGAUGCCCACCCUGUCCAGAGGAGAGGCUGUAGGGUCAGGGGAGCCUGUGGAGGUGAAGGAGCCCCAGGGGCUGCCAGCCAAGCCCCCUGCCUCAGCCCCGCCCGCUGAGGAACUCCUCAGGCAUCCAGUGACAGGGGAGGUGGUGGAGCAGGGCUCCGCGAUGGCUCUGCUCCUUGCAGCCAGGCAGAGGGCACAGAAGGGGAGGUCCAGAGGGGCUGCCCUGGGCCAGUCCUCCCUGCCAGGGAGUCUCCGUGGCCACAGACAGCCCAGGGCAGGCUCUGACAGCAUCUUCUACAACGACGGCCAGCCCAACUCCUUCACAGUGGUCCCCAAGGUACCCAAGGAGACUGAGAAGGACCCCCAGCUAACCUCGCCAGGACAGCCCAAGGUAACCAGUCAGUGGAAGCCCCAGCCCCGCAGAGACCCAGAGGGCAUGGAGCCCAGCCGCGGGUACAGCUGGACAAAGACGGAGCCGCAGGCCCCUGUGGCCUGGGAAAGACCAGCGCCCUCCAGCCUCCCCCAGGGCCGCCUGCUGCCCAAGUCCUCCUCUUCCCCUCCUCCUUCCCACAAGAGGGAGGAGGUGGAGUUCAACUUUGAGGUCAUCCCACCGCCGCCAGAAUUCAGCAAUGACCCCGCGCCCCCGCCCCGCGCCCUGCAGUAUCUGGGGCUCCGGGGCUCCCCUCCCCGGAACAACUUCUCAGACUUGGGGCAGCUCGCGGACGCGGGCCCCCCUUGCGGCUUCUCGCUCUUUUCCGCCAGUGCGGGCCCCUCCGGGGCCGCCAGGGGCCUGGACCAUUUCUCGGGCGGGGGCCGUUCGCUUAUCAAGAAGCGCCUGUACGUCGUCGGGGAGACCCACCGCAGCCCCAGGCUGCCCCGGGGCGGCACUGGCCGCAGCCCGACCUCCCCCAACUGCUUCGGGCCGCAGCCCAGAGGGCCCUUCGCAGCGCCCGGACGCCCGGAGAUGCGGCGCGUCAACUCGACGGGUCGCGCGCCCCCCGCCGGCCUGCACGUGCGGAAGAUGUCCCUGGAGGGCGCCCCCCGCGGAGAGGCCAAGUACAAAGCGCCCUGCGGUGGCGGCGGCGGCAACUGCGGCGACUGCGGCUGCGCCCCGGCUACCCGCAGGUCUCCCCACAGCAACCCCCACUAUGGAAGCUCCAUCAACACAUUCACCGUGAGGCCCGGGACCCGGCAUCCCAUCUCCUAUGCCUACUCAGGGGCCCAUAGGAAGGCCCCAUCCUGAGCCCAGGGUUUUCUCAGUUCCUCUCCAAGGGGUCGGAUCCAGGCACUUGUUUUUGUGGGGGGUGGGAGGGACGCAGCAGGUGUUAAGUAGCCUCACUCAGACACAGAGAAGUCUGUUUCCCAAAGACAGACAGGGGGACAACAAGUGAAGCAGUGGCCCCAGGAAGAGUAAGAUUGAACUUCUGUUUCCCAAAGCACUGGUGUGGCUGUGGACUGUCUGCAGAUGGGGGUGGGAGGGGGAAGGAGGGAGGAGAGGAGGGACCUUUAAGGAGCUGGAGCCUGAGUUUUCACUGUCUGGUACUAUUUGCUUUAGCAAGGCUUAUUGAAAGCAGUUUUCCAAGCAGGCCUACUGAGCAGGUUCUAAAAGCAAGGGCUGGAGCGCUCACUUAGAAUGGGAACCCAUCGGGAUGGCUGUGAUUGCUGGUCAGGCCCUCAUGAGGGGCUGAGGCCCAGCCCUGUCUGGGUUGGGGGUGCAGGGUGCUACAGGUUGACCUCCUCAGCCUCCACCAGUCCUCCAGUUGCCACUCCCAGAGGCGACACCUGGGGUUCCUAGCAUAGAAGCCACAUUGAGGUGUGAGCAGGAAUAUGCAUGCACAACAUGUAGAGAAGGUACUGGAACAAAGUGCUUUGCAUUGACCAAGGGUGGGGAUAGGGGUACUGGUGGUUCAUUUCUCCCCAGCCCUGAGCUACAGGAAGGCCUAGAGAGAGAAGACGUGGCAGGUUUGGGAUGGAAGACAGAGGAUUAAAGCUUGCUUUUCUAUUCAGACCCAGGCAGCCAUGAUUUGGGGGAUGGGGCCCAAGGAGCCAGAAAGCCUGGGGCUUGACACCAAAGGCCUUACAUGGCCAGGUCCUAUAUGGGAUUUGGAGGGGCAUCAUUCCCAACCACCCCUCCCAACCCCAAUACUACAGGUCUCCAAUAUUACUGAGGCCUUAGAAUGUGUAACCAAGAUGCCAGAAGGCCUUGUAGAGUAGAAGGUGACAGAGAUGGGAAUAGAGGUCUGAGAGGAGUUUGCUGCAAGUAUGCAACGUGUUUUGGAAAGUCACGAGUGGCAGGACUGGGCCAGUUCAGAGCAGGGGAGUCCUAUCAGUAGGGUGACCAUUUGUACUUUGCUGGGAAGUCUGGGUUUAUGCCUGUUUUCCAGUGAGUGAGAACCCCUUCCACUUUCAAAAAAGUCCUGGUUUAGAUAAUAUAUGGUCACCAAACAUAUCAGGAAACAAUAUUCUUUGGUCAAUCUUCUGUCUUCAGGUCUUGGUGGGCUGAAUUCCUGGGGCCAGGCCAAGGAAGGCUACCUGGGUAAGGAGGAAGGGCAGGGGGUGCCCACCUCAGAGGAGCAGGCUGGUAGGGGCAGCCAGGAAGCAGUUCCCUUUGGGGGCACGAUGAUGGACCUGUAUGAUUUGUGCUAACCAGCCAAGGUAACAGGGUGUGGGGAUAGCAGAUGACCACUUCAGGGAAAGAGAGUGCAGGGGUGGGUGGGCGCCCUGAUGGGGCAGGAUCUGGUUACCUGUGUCUAAGAAACGAACCCCACCCCAGUGCCAGCACUGGCUCUAUAUAUAUAUAUGUAUUUUCCCUGUAGAAUGUUUUAUAAAAGAGUUCACUAAUUUAUCUGCUGUGUUAAGGCUUGAGGGGUGGGGUGUGGAUUCCCAACUGUAUCUUGCUCUGGGGUGGGCAGGGAAGGACUGAUUCUCACUUGGCUUGGGAAAUAAACAGGCCAGUUUGGAUGGCCUCCAGCUCUGUGGCUGUGGAUUGAUGACUGGGAGCUACUGGGGUAUGAUCAGAGGUUGGGGGAGCGCAGCUGGGGAAGGCUGAGCGCAGGGUGGUGGCCGAACUGGAGACAUUAUGCUGGACCAAACUCUCUCUCUGACCCUUAGGUUUCCUCAUUCUCCAAGUCCUUCAAGGGGAAGGAGCAGAGCUGAAGUCUGGUGAUAACAAACUGUGCCCUUCAGCAAGUCUCUGACUCUCUGAACCUCAGUUUCUUCUUCUGUACAGUGAGCGUGAUAACCUACCUCAUAAGGCUGUUGUGAAGACUAGGGACAGUCAUGCGUUCAUUUAACAAGGAUUUGAGUGACUACUAGAUGGCAGGCACUGUGCUUAGCACAGAUAUACAGCCAUCAAUACACUGACACGCCUCCUGCCCAUGGCAAGACUGUAGUCUCGUGGAGGAGAGAGGAUGGAAGGAACGCACAGAAACAGCCUCUAUUAUAAGUGGUAGGAAGGGAAGGAACAGGACUAUGAGAAUAACUGGAGGGUGGGAGAGAGAAGUGGAUUUACUUUGGCUGGUCAGGGGAGGCCUCUUGAAGGGGUGACGUUUAUGCCGAUUUAGGCCAAGCAUCCAGCACGUGUCUGGUACUCAGGAGCCGCUCAGGAAACUGCAUCUUUGGGUCAUGACUACCUUAACGUUUGCAUGUGGCCCUUCAUGGUUUUCCGUAAAGCUUUGACAUGGCAUCUUUAAAUUUCCCAGAAGAGGAAACUGAGAACCAGAGGUCAUCUCAAGACAGUGUGAGGGAGAGAGUGUGUUUCUUGUGUUUCCUGUGUCUGAGCCUUUUGUGGGGGGUUGUUGGGAAAGGGAGGCUAGGAGGACGACUCACUUAUUCAGCAACUUGUGCUUCCAGGAAGGGCCUCCCUCUCGCAUCCUGGGGCUCCCUUGUUCUGUCUCUCACCGUCCCCUGCCCUGUACCGCGAGGCCCUCAUCUGGUAACAGAGUGAGGACAGGGGCCCUGCCUCUGGCUGCUCCUCCGCCCCCAGCCCCACCCCUGCUCCCUCCUAACUCUUCUUUCCCCUCCCCUGACAAGGAAGGGGCAGCGGGAGCAGAGGGUUGGGGCAUCAGGGUCCCACAUCUGGCCUUGCCUCUGACAAGCUGUGUGACCUUGGGUCUCGGCUAACUCAUCUCAAAAGUGAUGGGGAUGGGCUCGUGCUGUGUCUGGGCCUUAAGCUUUGUUGGCCCAGACGUCUUCAAAAAGCUGAUGAGAGCUAUGGAUCCUCACCCCAGAAAGAUACCCCACAUGCAUUUUUACACAUUAUUUCAGGCACUCCACAGACACCCCCCACCCCCUCAAACUGGGCUCCGUGGACUUCACGCUGAGCACUCCUGAUGCAAUGAUGGUCAUGGUAACCACCAACGCUUAAUUUUGACAGUUUGGAAAGUUCAUUCCUUCCCUCAUUUACUCACCACAGUCCUCUGAAAUGUGUUGGCCUCGUAAUACUCUUAAUUCCAUGUUGCUGAUGAGAAAAUUAAGGGUCCAAGAAGAAAGGUGAAUUGCUCAGAAUAGCCCACCUGACUCCAAACUCUGUCUGCUUCCUCACAGCCGCCUUCCUUCUAGCUGUAUCCAUUCCCACCCAUUCAUCCCUCUCCCAAUCACACCUUCCCCGAACUUUAUACCUUUCUAUCAGAGCAGGGAUGCAGGAGGGCCUGAGGAGGGAAAAGCUAAUACAAAAAGUUAAUGGGUGUAGGUGGCACAGGUGUUCCUGGAUCGAGUUGGUUGCACCUUGGUUUCUGGAGCCUCCUCACUGCUCCCUGGACGUGGCCCAAGCCCCAGGGGCUAGAACCCCUCUCUGAGGCCCAGCCCAAAGCAGCAGCGGGGGCAGGUCCUGGGGCCUGCAGUCAGCAAUACUUGAAGGGUCCUCUUCUCCCAAAGGGAGCACAGCUUUCUCCAGGGCUGGGCUUCAUUGAAACAGAGAGGCUUCCUCCCACUCCUGCAGGAAGCUGCAGGGGAGAGGUGCCUCCCACCUGGGAGGCAUAAGGGAGGAGCUUCCUAAGUGCUCAGAUGUCAGGCGGGCCUGCCCCUGCCUGCUCACCCACCACCUG